AUGGUGGGGUCCGCUAUGGAGGAGGACACCCUGCUGGCGCGCGUCAACGUUAUGGUCAGUUUGUGCACGAAGAAACUCGACCAGUACAGUAACAGAGACCACACCAUAAUCACUUGUGCGAAUGAAGUGAACACGCUGGCCGCUCUGAAAUCCACAAUGAUGCAUAGAGACAUCCUGCCACCCGGUAAGAGAAAUAUGGACGACACUUUUGUCUAUGCCGUUAAGCAGCUAGAAACCCAGGCAUCCUGCAAAAAGUACGAAGGUGUCUUCGACGGUAACGGGCACCUCCACAUCGACCGCAAACCAUCUGGAAAUUCAGUUGUCGUUCCGGCUUUCGGUGUCAAAUGGCUGCUUUUCAUGGGGGGCCGUUGUAUCCUUACCGGCAGCGCUUUGUCGCAGCGCUUCCUCUGGAUUAUGGGCCAAAACAGAGUGCCUGUCCUACGCGGUCGCGGUCUGUCGCAGAAACUCAAAGUCUUCACACGCCCUUUCUCGAGAGACUCGGCCUCCCUGCACGGUAUCAGCAGGGACACACUCCAGCAUGCUCAGCGAAACUGCCCAAUUCUUUAG